AUGUCUUCAAAAGACCAAAAUCAUGAUCAAGAGAUCACUCACCAACAUCACGCUCCGUAUUUGAGUGGCUUAGCUCUAAAACUUUUGAUCCCUUUGCUUGAAUAUGUCCCUGGAGUAUCAAGCUACUUUUUCUGGAACACUGGAUUAAAAGUUCUGAGAAAUAGGCCCUAUAAAGAAGAAAUGACUAUAGUGCCAUUACCUUUACCAAAAGAACUAUUUGGUAUUGAAAACCCAAAGGCAGUCGAUGGGUUUGAAAUUUUUAGCCAGAAAAAGAAAACACAUAAUCAAGUUCCAGAAAAUCAAAGAUUUUUAUGUGUGAGUGAUUAUACUGAAGCAUACACUACUAAAAAUAUCACACCUCUACAGGUAUGCGAGAAAUUAAUUGAUAACAUAAAACAUUCAUGCUCUAAAGCAUGCGAUCCACCUCUUUACGGCAUGUAUCAAUACCACGAAGAUGAUAUUAUGGUACAGGCCGAAGCGUCAACCUCUCGGUAUAAUCAAAAUCAAUCGUUGGGUCCACUUGACGGUGUUCCUGUGGCGGUUAAGGAUGAGCUUGAUGUUGUUGGUUAUGAGACACAUGUAGGGACUGCAUUCCUUAAUCGAGGAAAUCCUGCUCCUAGGGAUGCGUUUUUGAUAAGAAAAUUAAAAGAACAAGGCGCUAUCAUAAUCGGAAAAACGAACAUGCACGAAUUAGGAUUUGAUAUUACGACUAAUAAUCCGAAUACACAUACAUCUCGUAAUCCUUACAAUACCAAUCAUUAUUGUGGAGGGUCAAGUGGAGGUAGCGCAUGUGUUGUUGCCAGUGGUUUAUGCCCAAUCUCUAUAGGUUGUGAUGGUGGUGGUUCUAUCAGAAUACCGUCUUCAUUUUGUGGGAUCUAUGGAUUAAAACCGACAUGUGGAAGGAUUUCUUCAGUAGGAGAAUUUGCUCUUGGUUGUUCUGUAGCUGUCGCCGGUCCUUUGGCUGCUUGUGUUGAUGAUUUAGCAUUAUCUUAUUAUGCUAUAGCCGGAAAAGAUCCAGAGGACCCGAGAACUUUACACCAGCCACCACCCACACUCCAUGGUCUUUAUUUUACUGAUGAUUUGUCUGAUCUAAAGAUUGGUAUAUUCUCGCAAUGGAAUAAACAAGUAAAGGACCCUCUUAUUACUUCUGCUCUUAAUGAAUAUAUUGAUGAAUUCAAACGUCGCGGUGCCGAAUUUAUUGAGAUCGAUAUUCCGGAGUUAGAAGAAGCGCGAAUAGCUCAUUUAAUUACAAUCGGAUCUGAACACUGUUCCGUUGUUGACGGUUUCAAAAAACAGGCGCACUUAUUGAAUCUACCUAAUAGAGCGAACAUUGCCACACUGAGUAAUGCCAGCGCUUCUGAUUACAUUAAAGCGCAACAAGUUCGUACGCGUAUUAUGCAUAACGUCUCUAGUGUAUUCUCCGAUGUUAAUCUCAUUUUAACGCCUACUUGUGCCAUAACUGCACCUCCAAUCUAUCGACGAGCUUUAAAAUAUGGUGAAAUUAAUACUUCUGUUACUGCUGAUGGAAUUAGAUUUGUUCAGUUGGCCAAUUUUACCGGUAUUCCUGCAAUUACUGUACCAGCUGGUUAUGAUGAUAAGAACCUACCCAUUGGAUUACAAUUUAUGGCAAAAUGGUAUGAUGAAGCAACAUUACUCAGAGUUGCAAAGGUCUCGGAGGAAAUACUUGGAAAUAAAAGACAAAGACCUGCUGAAAAAUAUUGGUUUGGAGAUUUAUUGUGA